AGAGCCCGGAGAAAACCCACGCAGGCACGGGGAGAACAUGCAAACUCCACACAGGCGGGGCCGGGGAUCGAGCCCCGGUCCUCAGAAGUGUGAGGCAUUCGCUCUAACCAGUCGUUCACCGUGCCGCUCCUUUAUUUCCUUUCAUUUAAAUGUCAUUCAUUGUCAUUGGGUUAUUCGAUAACGUGAAUUGUAUGGCCAAAAACGUGUACGCUCAAAACCGGAAUGACUGAUAUUUGUCAACAGCUCACAUCCCACAAAUGCAUCAUAAUGUAUUAAUAUUGCUCAAAUAUAGUGAAGCGCCACCUAUUCACAAAUUUAUUUUGGAAUCUCAGUUAUUCAUUGAAAAACUCAUCCGGUCGCUGUUUUGUGCCCCGUCUCGUAUUACAGCAUUGCUUUGACAAUGUCGAAGCGAGGUGAGGAUCUUCAUGUCGUGGGGAACAUCGUAAUAUCACGUACAUGUCGUCCAGUGCCUUGAAAUACAAGUAGCCCGACUCACAAGGUUUUUGAGAUACAAGCCGUCGUUGGGCAAAUAUUUCGCUUUGACUUGUGUGCAAGUGCCACUCCGAGCUGAGGUUUACUGGAAAACUGUCACUGCCCAUUGUAAUUCGGAGAUCGCUACGACGUAAUCAACGGCGCCCGCGCAUAACGCCGUGCUCGGAAACAUCGGACCUCUUCGGAGUCUCGUUUUUGCUUCGGAACUUUCCUUUCGGACCCGAGCGAGGUGACCCGGAAGUACUUGGAGAUGUCGUCGGAAUUCCAGAAACGCUUCGGAAAGAGGCCUCGAUGUGGUAGUUAGGCCACCUUUAGCAAAUGUAUGACUCCCAAUUGCUGCUUGACAGCAGCAAUAUUUAAAACAGACCACUGGCAAAGUUGACACACGACACAAAACUACUCGAGUUUCACGCCACUGACUUUCAAACAAAUCAAACUUAUUUUAACACAACAAUCGUAAAGAAUAGUAUAUACAGCUCUGGGGGGAAAAUGAAGAGACCACUGCAAAAUGAUCCGUUUUUCUGAUUUUACUAUUUAUAGGUAUGUGGUUUUUAGGAACAUGAACAUUUUAGUUUCAUUCUUGAAAGUAAAUUCCAGAUAAAAUAUUGUCAUUUAUAGCCUUUCUUGGCAGAAAAUGACAAGUCCAAAUAACAACGAAAGAUGCAGCGUAUUCAGACCUCAAAUGGCUCGAGGACAAGUUCAUAUUUAUUUUCCAAAUUACGAUACGUGUGUUCGGGGGGCGGCCGGUCGGCGCGGGACGUGUCCCGUCCGCCGGGCCGCUCUCGGGCCCGAUCGGGCGGGGCCCUCGACCUGCGCGGCGCAGAUUACAGGACACUCCUGUCAGCCAUCGUGCACGCACGCGAAACGGCGUAAAUUCACUUGGACGUGUCCGCGUGCACGCGCCCCUUUUUCGCCGGGUGUGGGGCCUCUCGCUUCUUGCGACAAAGAACUCACGAAUAUGCGAAUGGCUCGGGUAUCCCCUCACUCACACUGCCGUCCUGCAGACGUUCAUCCUUUACGUAGUCAGUUGUACGGCCGGGUUCACGACACCCGUCCCGUCCUAUCUUGUCCUGUCCUUCCCUCGCAGGGGGUCGCACGACUGCCCCAUGCGACGCUCAUAUCUGAUGUGUCAUUGUUCUAGAUAGACAAGGAUUUACUUUUCUCAUCUUGUUUACAGUUAGAGCUUUGUCUUUUGUCUUUGUUGCGUUCGACUGAUGGACUCUGAUUCGCAAUAAAUAUUCAUUAUAAUACCAAGAAACCACGGCGGCAGCUUAAACACUCCACCGUGACGCAGUAGAACUGUCCCGGCAUAAAAGGGAUACAGAUCCUCCAUUCUGCUUGACCUAACAGCCGAAGAGGACCAAAAAAAGUCCCAAAAUCCAAAUCACGAUACGAACGUUUGAACUUCGGAAGUGUUUGGAAAUCGGUAUUUGGUGGAACGGCCCCUGUUUUUGAAUGACAGCUUUCGUGCGUCUUGCGUGCUCUCCGCCGUUCUUCCACAUUGCUGCCAGGUGACCUUUUGCCACCCCUCACGCAAAAACUCAAACAGCUCGGCUUUGUUUGAUGGCCCGUGACCGUCCGUCUUCCUCUCGGUCACAUUCCGGAGGUUUUCAACGGGCUUCGGGUCCGGAGAUCGGGCCGGCCGCGACGGGGUCUCGAUCCGGUGGUCCUCCAUUCGCACCUUGACUAACCUAGCUGUGUGGCACGGAGCAUCGUCCCGCUGGAAAAAGGAAACCUCGUCGGAGCAGAGGGAUGCACGGGUAACCUUGUACGCGGCUUGAUUUUCUAACGUGCUUGUGGCCAACGGCGGUGGCGGUGAACAAAAGUGUGUCUUAACUUCGUUCAAAUGAAUAACUGGAGGCUUUCCCGACGUGUCGCGAGCCUCAGCCGACACCGCGCGGAGCUUCGGUGAAUCCAACUCUCGGUCAACCGGGCGAGCGAAACAAUAAAAUAGGUCUGUGCCGACAUCGAGGCCGCUGACGAGGUCGACGGUUGCUCGCGCUUUUGCACUGAUGGUUUUUAGCGUUUAUUUUAGUCUUCAUAACAACGAAAGGGCCGAUGACAGAAACAAGAAAACAGCUGAACGUUGAGCGAAGACUUCACCGUAGCAACUUGACACCACAAUGGAUUGGGACAGAAUUCCCAUGAACGUUGUCUCGCAGCAUCCCACACACAAACUUUGUGCCUCAUCGGCGGGUCGCGAAAGGAACCGACGUUUUCGGGUGGUGUGUGAAGUUACUUUUCGUGUCAAAAGGCUGAGUUCCGGUGCGUACCCUUCACAAUAAAAGGCUGCAUGCUUAAAACGGGAAGUCAAGUUAAAACCUGCGCAUAGAAACCAUUUGAUGUGAUUAAACAGUUCCGAAUAACGAUUUGAACAAUGGUAUAUUUCGCUUUUAGCUGAAACAUUCAUGAAUGAAUAUGAAGUCAAUUGGGUUAGUUCCACACACAUUUGAUAUUGAUACCGGUUAUAAAGAACCCCGCGUCAAAUGCUCGUUUUAGUCUACCCCGAAGGGCCGCGAAGAAAAUGGAUGUCCAUAAUUUGGACACGCUUUAUUCAAACCCUGCAAACUUCUUUUACCCACCCCCUAAAAGAAUCGGAAUCAAAAUCGAAACAAGGAACCGGAAUCGGGACCAGAAUCGCUCCAAUUCAAACGAUGCCCAACCCUGCUAAAUAUUCUUCGCAAAUGACAGUCAGCAAAAUGUUCACGUGAUCGAGUGUGAGAGCAGCAAGAAGGAUUUUCCGCAGCGAGUCGUUUUUCGGGGACAUCGCCAUUUCACCAGGUUUCUUCGGGAACAUUCAAGAAAAAGGGUUUCUUCUUCUUCGGUUUUGUGUGAUCACGCGAGAUUGCGAGAAUCUGUUCUGUGUCCAGAUUCUCGGCGCACACCGCACGCAAUAUGAAGACAAGUGUAAAAUGUCACAUUUUCUCGAUCUUUAUGUGCGAGGUCUGUCACGUUUGAAAAAAGGCUCCGAUUUUUGGCUUUAACUCAAGAGCGCCGACUUGAGGUAGGAGCAGUGCGUGCGAUUGUUCAAAACGAGACUCGAGGCCGUUUGCCGCGACGGAGCCGACUCGAGGGCCGGCGCAAUUCACGAAAUACCCACCGAGCGCUAGACAGGAUUUCCAGAAGACCUUUGCCCCCGCGUCGCCAAUAAACCGAGAUCCAGUUUCACCUUAUCGUUCCGCCAAAUAUGAUGUAUUUACUCUAAAUAUUGGAUCUUUGUUCAGCUAUUUAUGCCUGCGACUUCUUGCGACAGGCAGAAGAAUUCCUGUUCUUCCACUCAAUGCGUUCAGCCGUGUGGAGCACUACUGUCAAAUAUGCGCUCGGCUCAGGAAAAAGCGGCGAAACAAAGCAUUUUCCAGAGCAAAUCAAGAUCUUCCGGCAGCGCGUCCAUCUUGUGGUGCGUUCACGGUCCGUCGGCGGCAUCUCGUUGCAGUAAAUCGCAGCGGAACAGACCUGCCCCACCUUUCGAAGUAAGUCGGCUGAAACCAAAUUAGUGAGACGAAAACUGUGGACAAAAGACGUUUUUAAAAAAGAUGUAUUCUUAUUUUAUGGUUUGUUUCGUUGCGAAUUGUUAAGACGAAAAGCUUGUGGGUGAAGUUGUAGUGUGAAAGGGCAACGGAAGCGAUGUUGUAGCAAUUGCACUUGACCAAUCAUCAGCCGUCCUCCGAACGUGACGUCAGCACGUCAAAACCGCAGAGAGCAAAAAGAGAUCGCGUCGAUUACGUCAAAGAUCUCGCCAGGUAAUGUGGACUGAUGGUUCUCUUUUCAUGUUUUUGUUCAUUUUGUCAAAUGGUUUGAAACGGUGCUUCGUGCUCGGUGCUGCACGCAUUUGAUUAAUCUCGUCUAAUCAAUAGCAAUACACAGCGAGCAUGGGGGGUUAUUUUCCUUAUUCUAUGAUGAUGAUGAUGAUGAUGAUGAUUUUAGCUUGGAGUCAUAUUGCACCUCGGAGGGACAACGGCUAACAACGAUAUUUAUGAUAUAUAUAUAUCAACGGCUAACAACGAUAUUUAUGAUAUAUAUAUAUAUAUAUAUAUAUAUAUAUAUGUCACAUAUGUGCGCCAUCUUUGUCCCUGUAUUAAUUGGCAACGGGACGUGCGCGCGUGUCAGCAUGCUGGCCAGGAAGGGCGCGGUGCCGGACGGCUUCCUGCUGACCCGCCUGGCAGAGGAGCGCGACCGGCCCAACCGGAACCUCCCCCGGUGCCAGCGGGCGCGCUUCAUCACCAAGACCGGCUCGUGCAACGUGGCCCACAAGAACAUCCGGGAGCAGGGUCGCUUCCUGCAGGACGUCUUCACCACCAUGGUGGACCUGAAGUGGCAGCACUCCCUCCUGAUCUUCACCUCGGCCUUCCUGUGCUCCUGGAUGCUGUUCGCCAUGGUCUGGUGGCUGCUGGCCUUCGCCCACGGAGAUCUGGAGCCUCGGCGCCGGGCCGUCGUCCCCUGCGUCACCGCCAUCAACUCCUUCACCUCCGCCUUCCUCUUCUCCAUCGAAGUCCAGGUGACCAUCGGUUUUGGCGGGCGUAUGGUGACGGAGGAGUGCCCGGCCGCCAUCGUGGUUUUGAUCGUGCAGAACAUCCUGGGCCUGAUCAUUAACGCGGUGAUGCUGGGUUGCGUCUUCAUGAAGACGGCGCAGGCCAACCGGCGGGCCGAGACGCUCAUCUUCUCCCGCCACGCCGUGGUGGCCCCCCGCAACGGCCGGCCCACCUUCAUGUUCAGGGUGGGCGACCUGAGGAAGAGCAUGAUCAUCUCGGCCACCGUGCAGCUGCAGGUGAUCCGGCGCACAGUGACAUCAGAGGGCGAAGUGAUCCCGGUGAGCCAGCUGGACGUUCAAGUGGAAAACCCUCUGAGGAGCAAUGGCAUCUUCCUGGUGUCGCCGCUCAUCAUCAGCCACACGCUGGAGAGAGGAAGUCCACUCUACGACCUGUCCGCUCACACACUCGCCGCCGCUGACAUCGAGGUCAUCGUCAUCCUGGAAGGCGUGGUGGAGACGACGGGCAUCAGCAUGCAGGCGCGGACAUCGUACACGCCUGAAGAGAUUUUGUGGGGUCGCCGCUUCGUGUCCGUCGUGAGCGAGGAGGAAGGCCGCUACUGCGUCGACUACUCCAAGUUCGGCAACACGCUUCCCGUGCGCAUGUCUUCGCUCAGCGCCAAAGAAUUGGACCAGACGCGCGGCGUCCGAGAGGGCGGCGCCGCCGACGCGCAGCCGCAGGGAUGGGGGCCGGUCCGGGCAGGGAGGGGCGGGUUCCGGAGGGGGGGGCGGGCCUCCGAGGGCGCCGCCUCCCGACCCUGGUACGACCCAGACGACGAGGAGGCGGAGCCGAGCGGGCCCGAGAAGGCCGUUCGGCUCGAGGUGAUCGGACGCCGGACGCGCGACUGAGCACUCGGCCCGCGCCCGCGACUUCCUUUUUGCUCCGACAGGAAGUGAUACGACGAGACGGCCGAGACGCACGUCGGACACGCGCGCGCGCGCACAGGUCAUUAGACUCCAGACAACGUGAGACAAAAGAGGACAAACGUUUGGUUUUCGUCUUUAUUGACUUCCCACCCGGAGGUCGUUCGACCUCACAGCCAGGGCGCGAGCGCACUCAGCAGCCAGCCAAUCAGCAGCAGCGGGCCGGGUGUGGCCACGCCCACCGCACCGCUGGAGUUGCACAAGUUGUUGUUGCAGCAGCGGUACGAAAACGACGACAUGGACGGAAACAUCUGGGACAAGCGAGAGUUGUCGCAGUCCGUGUAGCGGAUACACUGGCGCACUGUCUUGCCGCCUACGCACACACACACACACACGCCAGAAACAUAAUAAACGCUUAAGAACAAUUACACAUUAAAAAUGCAUUCAUAUACACAGACAUACACAUACGUAGACACACACACACACACACACACGAUGCAUACACAGCCUGAACACAUUCACACACAUUAAACACACCCACACGGAACAAACACACAUACAGUCCCGUCCAAAAAUAUUAGAACAUCAAGGUCAAUUCCUUUGUUUUUGCUGUAUACUUAAGACAUUUGGGUUUCAGAUCAAAAGACGAA